AUGUCGGCGAAUCAAGCGCAGGAGAUUGAGGCCAGAGUGCAGCACGGUGCAAAGACGGCUCGCGAGACGAUCCCUCGGAUUCGGCAGUUGAUACAACAUCAGCUUUCGUACCAUGAUGUGAAGCGCGUCUUCUGGGAAAUGUGCAGCCCGGCACCGGAGAAUGAUGAAUAUCUCGUCGUCACGAUUUGCGAGAUUGUCGGGAAAAUGAACAAGGAGGAGAAAAUGAUUGCUGUUUCGGAUAUGACACAGCUCGUGAUGGAGGACUACGAAUAUCGAAUGGAAAAGGAGUUGCUGGUCGAUAAAAUCUUCAAGAAAGCCUGGGAGCGGGGGGAUAUUUCAGCAAACCUGUGCUUUGAGGGAUUGGCCAUUACUGGCGAUUUCACGAUGCAGACGCCGCUCAACUCGCAGAAAUAUGCCUGGAUACGGGACAAUCUCGAUGCGAUCGACUACAAGGGCGUUCGGACGCUUUUUGGAAAGCUGGUGAGGGCGACAGGGCGUCUUCCGCAGGUGCUUUCACCGGACCAACGUCGUAGUCUGGUGCCUGUCGAAGAAAUUCUACUCCAUAUCAUGGACCGUCGAAACAAUUGUCUGCCCUCGCUCUUUGUGAUGAGCGAAUUACAGCGGGAUACUUCCAAAUUCUUCGUGCUUCCGCGAUUGGCCGCCGCAGCGACCCGUUUCGAGAACAGCUACCGCCCAACAGCCGAAUUGACGCAAAUCACCGGAAGGCCAUUUCUGUUCCCUCUGCCCGGCCAUCCGAUGUACACCUACAGCGCGCCGGCGUGGCGAAUCACACCCGGUGAUACGCACAUUGCGCCCAGGGCCCAGCUACCCUCCCGAAUCGAAUUCUGCGAACCGCAAUCGUACACCGUGUAUGCCAUACGGAAACAGCCGCGCGUAUUCCGCGACCAGGUGAUGAUGUGCUUUCGAAUGGUGCGCUCGGAACACGGGAAUAAGGCCGAAUUCACGACAAUCAUCGCGAAACUCGUGCUGGACGCGCUGGCCGAGGCAGAGGCGUUGUCGCCCGAUGAGGAACUCCCGCGAUAUCAAUGGGAAAAUAUACACCAUAUCGUGGCCCAGGAGAUGCAGCUGCCCACACCGCAGAUUAGUACGCAGACUCUGCUGCAUAUUUUGGCCGGCGUCAUCAAGAAGUCCGGGUUUCGUAGAGGGCUCGGUGAGCUGAAGUGGCUUCUCCUCCAGAUUGCGACACUCUCGAAAAAUAUCGAGGAGUUGAUGGGGGAUGUGGUGAAGCUGUGGGAGGCGUGUCGAGACCCUGGGGAACCAGCAUUCACUGCAGCAUCCGAUCACCCAGCCCGCAUGGUGAAAUACCUGGCCGCUGCCUCAAUGUGGCUGUAUUUGGAAGGUCGAAAGAUUCCGGACUUCCAAAUGCCAGCAGAUGAUGAUCUCCAUCAACAACUUCGCUUCGUACGGCAGGAAUGGCCGCAGAAUGCAGGCGGUGCCGGUGGAGACGGACUGAUGGCCGUGUGUCUGAAUACGCAGCGAAAUGAAUCGCCGCUAUUCAAGGAAAUGUACCAUAAGUUCGUCACGGGCCCCGGGCAACCAGACACGCCGUUUCUGCUCAGCUACGGGCGGCAGGCGGUUGCAAAGCUCGAGCCAUGGUCCGUCGAAUUCUUCGAUUCGUUGACGCUGCGUGCAAAGACGCUGGCCACUUUCCAGUUUGUGCAGCUGUUCACCAGCCGGCAGCCACGACCCGAUCGAGUUCAAAGCCCCGCACUCGUUGCACCGCUGUACUUUGCGCUCGAGCAUCUUGUGAUCCGGAGCUGUUGGUGGGUGCCGUGGAACGAGACGAUGGCCGUCAUCGGGCGCAUCAUGUGCAAAAGUAACGUGUGGCAGCAUCUACUCGAGACCCACGGCUUCACCCACUUUUUUUUGCCGCCCUCCGGACCACCGCGGCCACCAGCUGAAGCGCUGCCCAUCUGCCCGGAAGCGGUGCGCCUGCUCCUCACCAAUUGGUUCCACGUCUUCAAAAUCUCAGCACACGGCGACAACAAGAGGAACCAAACUGGAGACCCGCCAGAAGAAAUCCUGAAGCAAUUCCUCUACAAGUAUCCCAUGCCAAAGUCUCAAUUCGCCGCAUUCCCACCAUUCAUUCAAGAGCUGAACGACACGCUGGAUAUGACGGCCUACAACGCGCAAAGCUACGAAGAGCACGGUCAGCUCGGCCACCGCGUCGGAGAGGACUUUAUAAGGCUCAACGUACCGGACGUCGAUGUCAUCAUUAAUUUCUAUCGCACCUGCAAGCAACAACCCAGCAUGAACUGGGGAAUAUUUCCACCAUGGAAAAUCAGCCUUUGCGUGGCCUUCAGAUGCUUCCAAUGCCCUCACGACCAGACGCGUCUUCACUGCUUCUCCGUGGUGCUAAUGGAGAUGAUGCCCAUGGAAUUGGUGCUCGCGGUGAAUACACUGGCUGAUUACGUCCUGUGGCUCAUCGCCAUCGAGGAACAAAAUCAGCAUGCUCUGGUGCAAGAGAUUGUGGAAAUUCUGGACCGAAUGUUGUGGCAAUAUCAUUUCUUCACGCUCGAUCGGCUGAUGCUCGCCUUGGCCGUGCAUCCCACGAGCGAUGAUGCCUCGAAAUGGGGCAUCUAUCUCCUGUGGCAGCUUCUGACAAUGCCAAACUUUCAAGAGCGGGCACGAUACUACGCCCACAGCAUGUCACCCUCUUUCCUCCCGAUCGGCCCCGACUUUUGCCAGAAGCUCGUGGAUUUUCAUAAGAGAUUUCCGGAGUUGACACAUCGGGAGAUGGCGCAGUGGGGGCAUGAAAGAAUGGUGCAGGGGUCAGCGAAUACGCACCCGCAAGUCAACCCACAGCUUCACAUGCCCCUUUACUACAGUUCCGUCAUCGAUCGGAUAUUGCCGGCAUGCGACUUCAUCCUGGGACGGGUGAUCGAGCUGGAUAAGCAGCUGCCAGAUGACGUGUUCACCGGAAUGCUGAACGUAUUGGCGCCGCUCUACAAGUUUCACCCAUAUCCCAUCACAUUCGUCUACAACACGCUGUUCUGCCUACACGACAUUGUCACACAGGACACGCGUGCUCGGCAACUUACCACGGCCAUUAUUCGAGAUCAACACCCGUUCACCGCAUCGUUCACCCAAUCGAACCACACGAAUGCCCCACUAUCGGUGAUCAUCCUCGAGCUGGCCCAGCGUUUCAGCGAUGCUACUGAAUUUGUGCUAAAACCCCCAGAGUUUGUGGCGCCCGACUGGAGAUUUGCCGAGUUUGCGCCCGGCGUGCACACCGUCACCCUGGCCUGUAUCGAGCUGAUGGCGUCCCCGCACAGCCCUGAGAAAAUCGUGCAGGGCAUGAUCUCGACACUGUGCACGAUGCAGCUGAAGCGUCCCCACCAGGUACUCAACGCGCUUUCCCAGUUUCUAAACGCGCUGCCGGCGGCGUAUGGGAUGCGCCUUGCCAACGAGGUGAUCGCCGUUCUCGAUGAGCUGAUUGCCGAUAAGAGUCCGGAGAGCCCCUCGCUGAGCCAAGUGGCGUUCAGUUAUUUCGAAGAAGACGCGAUUUUCAUGAAAUGCACAAAGUACACGGCCGUCAUCGCCCUUGCCCACGCCUACUGGUUCCAGUCGAAUCUGUCGCUCUUUCUGGACGUACUCGCCUAUUUCGAGAAGGAGGUCUUCCAAGAGGGGCGUAUCGAGAAGAUGGGCGAAAGAGAACUAUUCUUCAUGGUCCGAUUGCUAGUGCCCACUCUACAACGAUGCUACGACAUUCGGGAAAGGAGUGCACCCGAUCUCGAGCAGGGAUAUCGAUGGAAAGAUUGCAUGACGAUCAUCCAAUUCUACUAUCUAAUCGUUGGGGAAGUCUCCUCGCACAUUGAUCGCCCGUUGGAAUAUGAAGACGCGCUCUGCGAUCUCUUCUACCACUUCAAGUACCUCUACGUUGGCGACUACGUUAACACGGAGCCCGGUGUGGAUGCGACGUACUCAAAGAUGCAUUCGUCAAUGCGAGAAAAGCUGAGAUACAUCAUCCCGAGCGGAACGGAGGAAGAAGUGAUCGAUGAUUCGUCAGCUACGAUUCGAUUAGCUCCAAAGAUCUCGGUGGAUAUCACCCAACAACAGGGGGCCGGGCUCGGCUCA